AUGCUAUCUGCUUGCCGCUUGAUCGCCCGCCCAGUUGCUAUAAGAUCCUCAUUGCCGAGGAUAACAGCAUUGAGGUCUGCCUCUACGUGGGCCCACGUUCCUCAAGGUCCUCCAGCUAUCUUGGGGAUCACAGAGGCCUUCAAGGCGGACAACUUCCAGGAGAAGAUCAAUCUAGGAGUAGGGGCGUACCGCGAUGACAAGGGCAAACCUUAUGUCCUGCCAUCUGUGCGGACCGCUGAAAAAAAGGUCGUUGAUUCGGCACUCGACAAGGAAUAUGCGGGAAUCACAGGUGUACCUUCUUUCACCAAAGCUGCAGCUGUACUCGCCUACGGUUCCUCCUCCGACGCAUUCAAGAAUGAUCGGAUCGCAAUAACCCAAUCUAUUUCCGGCACUGGCGCCCUUAGGAUUGGUGGCGAGUUCCUGGCGCGUCACUAUCCUUCGAGCAAGAAGAUCUACAUACCAACACCUAGUUGGGCAAACCACAAUGCUGUUUUCAAGGACUCUGGCUUGGAGGUGGUAAAGUACAGAUACUAUAACAAGGACACCAUUGGUCUGGACUUUGACGGUAUGGUAGAGGAUCUCAAGGCCGCCCCAGAGGGCAGCAUUGUUCUUCUUCACGCCUGCGCACACAACCCAACUGGGAUUGACCCUUCGGAACAGCAAUGGAGGCAGAUUAGCAAUGUUGUCAAGGAGAAGAAGCAUUACCCGUUCUUUGACAUGGCCUACCAAGGGUUUGCCAGCGGGGAUACCACCAAGGAUGCUUUCCCUGUCAGGCACUUUCAGUCUGAGGGCCACCACUUCUGUCUAGCCCAGAGCUUUGCCAAGAACAUGGGACUUUACGGCGAGCGUGUUGGGGCUUUCUCCAUUUGCUGCGAGUCGGCUGAAGAAAAGAAACGAGUUGACUCACAAGUGAAGAUCCUCGUCCGGCCUCUUUACUCGAAUCCUCCCGUUCACGGUGCUCGUAUUGCCGCCGAGAUAUUGAAUAACCCCGAGCUCAACCAACAAUGGCUUAAGGAGGUCAAGGGAAUGGCUGAUCGAAUCAUCAGCAUGAGGGCGCUCCUGAAGAAGAAUCUAGAAGACCUAGGUAGCAAGCACGAUUGGAGCCACAUCACCUCGCAGAUCGGCAUGUUUGCUUAUACUGGGAUGACGCCCGAGCAAAUGGACAAGCUGGCGAAGGAGCACUCGGUAUACGCCACCAAAGACGGCAGGAUAUCCGUAGCCGGGAUCACGACGGGCAAUGUCAAGCGCCUUGCGGAGUCCAUUCACAAAGUGACGGGUUAG